CCCAUCGACACAUAAACUGUCGUAUUUAGAUCUGAAUUGAAACUACACUUUACACUUGCGUUUAAGUAUAUACGCAAUAUGAGUGAAUGGACGGCACUACGCGUGCUGCACAUGACAUGUCACUCGUGUGUCAACAGUAUAGAAGGCACCCUAGGCGUUCACCCCAACAUCAAAAGCAUAAAGGUUAACCUGGAGAGGGAGGAGACACGUGUCAAUCAUGAUGCGACCAUCUCUCCUGCUGAAAUAGCUGAGGCCAUCGACGAUAUGGGGUUUGAAGCCUCUGUCCUCGGGCAAUUGACACACAUCGCAGUGGCUGGCAUGACAUGCAACUCUUGCGUUAAGAAUAUAGAGGGCAUGCUGGGGGAUAUGGAUGGCGUGGUUAACAUACAGGUCAGUCUGAGCGAUGAGGAUGCCUGGGUAGUGUACGAGAGUGACUUCACCAGCCCCAUCGAGCUCUCGCUGGCUAUUGAAGACAUGGGCUUUGAUGCCGACAUCCUGCAACCCGCCGCAGAUGUCCAGGAGAGUCAACAGGGCAUUACAACCUCACUGGAAACCACCGCACGCUCACUUGAGCGCAUCCACACCCGGGCCACAGUCCACCUCUCUAUAGAGGGCAUGACAUGCAACUCGUGUGUGCAGAGCAUUGAGUCGACCGUCGGCGAGGCCAAGGGUGUGCGCAGGGUGAGCGUCUCACUGGAUAUGGGUGAGGCGAGUGUAGAGUAUGCGGCAGAUGAGAUCACAGCGGAUGAAAUAGUCGACCUGGUCAAUGAGAUGGGCUUUGAGGCUGUGGAGCUACGGUUGCCUGUGCCCUCUGAGGUUGCUGGGCUUAUGUCACCGAAGGACAGGAGACCUGUCAACCGCACAGGCCGGCAUUCGCCUGUGCGGUCACCGUCACCACUGAGACAACGCCAGGCAAUCAAUCACAAUCUCACCAGCGCUCGGUUGUCCAUCGAGGGCAUGACCUGCACCUCCUGUGUGAAGAAUAUAGAGGUCAAGAUCGGAUCAGAGAUCGGUGUUUUGAAGAUAAAGGUGGAUUUGGUAGGUUGCUCGGCGAGUGUAACACUAGACACUUCGCUGACCUCUUCGGCCGCUGUUGCUGAGGCGAUUGAGGACAUGGGCUUCGAAGCAGCGGUUGUCAGCACAUCACUGGCCGUCCCGUCGCCAUUGCCCAGCAAGCGCAACUCCAAUCGCAUACAGCCGCUCUCUACCCCUUCCUCCACAGACUCUCUCACGGGAGGGGUGUUCCUGGGGCUAAAGAAGGGGGCCUCCACACAAACCAGUUUAGACUCCCUUGCACUCAAGCGUGCCAGUUCAGACUCGCUGAGUAUGCGAAAGAUGCGCUCGCUGAUGUCAGGCACGUCCACGUCCAUCUUCAAGGUCACGGGCAUGACAUGUGCGUCGUGUGUGGCCAAUAUCGAGAGAGCGGUUCAGAAACACCCAGGCGUGGUAAAGGUCACCGUAGGUCUUUUGUCGGAGAAAGCUGAAGUCGAGUACGACGCCACGCUGACCUCUCCCGCUGAGAUUUGCGCCAAGAUCUGUGCCAUUGGGUUUGGAGCGGUGGCGUUGGAAGACAAAGAUCCCGGGGAAUGCGUGCUGACUAUCAAAGGCAUGACUUGUUCCUCCUGUGUGGCCAACAUCGAGCGCAAUGCCAUUAAACUAGACGGCGUGACCAUGGCCGCAGUUUCGCUUGCCACCAACACGGGCAAGUUCCAGUUUGAUGCCGAUAAAGUGGGCGCCAGAGACCUAAUAAAACACAUCAACAAUCUAGGUUUUGAUGCGUCUCUGAGUGACGGCAACAAACUAGAGUCUAUGGACCAUUCGCCCGAAGUUCGGAAGUGGAAGCACCGGUUCCUCUUCUGCCUCGUGUUCUUUGUGCUGACCUUCAUAGUGAUGCUGCUGUGCAAUCUGCAUGCCACUAUGAAGUACAUGAUGGCCUUGGUGGUGCCUGGGGCUUCGCUAUCCAGCCUGUUGAUCAUGUCGUUUGCUACUAUAGUGCAAUUUGUGAUUGGUAAAUCGUUCGUCGUGUCGGCCUACAAAUCACUCAGACACGGCAGUGCUAACAUGGACCUGCUAGUAUCGCUGGGCUCGUCCUGUGCGUACGUAUACUCCUUUCUGGUCACCACCGUGGCCAUAUGUACCGACGCGGAUAACGCACCCGCCAAUUUCUUUGAGACGUCCAUCAUGUUGUUUACGUUUGUGUGCCUAGGCCGAUGGCUGGAACACAUUGCCAAGGGGUAUGGCCUGCGUGUUGCAAAUUCCAAUACGUAUACGCCUCCCUCUUGCCCUGUGAAGGAUGCCUUUAUGUGUUGCAUGCUUGUUACGAAUCCAAUACGUAAACGCCUUUCUCUCGUUCUAUGA